AUUAAAUAGAGCAAACUAGUCGGAAGCCAAAUUGACCUGAUGUUUCCCCGUCCGGCUGUUCAUCACAUUCCCGACUCUUCUAGACCUUUGGUUUUCGCAGUGGGCUUACCAGAAUCAACUAGAAUUUUCCCCUCUCGAACUUUCCCACCUCCCCUUUUUAACUUCCAAAAUUCCGCCUCAUCAUUCCAUUCCUGCAAAUCAAACCACCUCUUCGUAACAGGCAUUACGUCCCAACUGCAAAUUCUUCCAAAUCAAUUCGCUCCCUCAGGUACCCACAGAAAUCCAACUGGUCUUUUUUUCUUUCAACGUUGUUUUGCUUCUUGGGUUCUCUUUAUAUCUGUUUUUCUGUCUUUUGACAUCUGGGUUUUGAAGAAUUUCGAUUAUUUUGCAGAGUCUGUUGGUUUUCCGAAAGGGAUGAGCGCUGUAGAUUCAGGCGUGCUGGAUAUCCACCUCCUCAAUUUCCCUGACGGUAUGGGGAAGUUGGUGUUCCCUUCACGUUCAAACGAGACGCAUGAGAACAAGGGCGUGUCGAGUAUCCCAGUCGACAUUCUCGAGACCCCCAAGCACUUCACUUUCUUCAUGGAUGUCCCUGGUUUAUCCAAGUCUGACAUUCAGGUGACCGUCGAGGAGGAUAACAAUCUGGUGAUUCGGAGCAACGGGAAAAGGAAACGCGAAGAUGGGGAUGAAGAAGACUGCAAGUACCUCAGGCUUGAGAGGAGGGCACCUCAGAAACUGAUGAGGAAGUUCCGCAUACCCGAGAAUAGCAAUGUCAAUGCCAUCACAGCGAAAUGCGAGAAUGGGGUGUUAACUGUGACAAUUGAGAAGCUGCCGCCUCCACCCAAGUCCAAGACUGUCGAAGUCGCCAUAGCAUAAAAAGGAAGAAGGCUUGUUGGAGUCUCGAGUGGAUUGCUAUUUUUGGCUUUGUAACGAUGUAGAUAUAGUCUUUAGGAUGUGUAGCGUACCACCUUUUAGUUUAUUAUGGCAUCGACAUGGGCGUUGAAAGAGUGUUUUGCAUCCUCAAGAAGUAGUAAGUUCAAAUGUAAUCGGCAUUAGUCGUUUUGGUAUGUGAUGCCAUUGGUUGCUUUUGAUGUAGGCACUAUACCACUUUGAAAGGUAAUCCACAAUCCAAUUAGCGCUGUUUGCUUC